AUUGUAACGCACUAGUCCAGUUAUAAAGACAGCACGUGUCACGUGUUUGCGGUGGCGAGCUAGUCAUCUUGCGUGGUUAUUAGCGUUAACUAGUCGAAAGCACGUACUUUAACGGAGAAAUGGGUAAAGGUCGAAAGAACAAGCCGAAGAAGAACUUCGCCGAGAAGCGCCGUGAGAAACAAAAGAAAAAAGACGAGUGGGACAGUACUCCUCACAGAAGCUACGCGGAAAUCAUUCGGGAGAACAAGGACUUUGAGAAUUACUACAAGACGCAGGGAAUAGUGCCGGAAGACAAAUGGGACGCUUUCAUCAGCACUAUGAGGACCAAUCUGCCAGUUGCUUUCCGCAUUACCGGCUCGAAGGCCGAGGCUAAGGCCUUGUUGGAAAUAAUCAAAGGUGACUUCUUCAAGGGGAUCCUGAACGCAAAUCUGGACGGCGAUAAGGAGGACGCUGGCGGUCAAGCCAAGACUAUAUUGCACAGUUUACCCUUUUAUCCCGAGCAACUAGCUUGGCAGUUGCAAUUAACUAGGAAAGACAUCCGACGAUCCGAGGCGUACUUUAGGCUGCACAAUUUCCUCAUUGCCGAAACUAACAAUGGCAGCAUCAGCAGGCAGGAGGUGGUCAGCAUGGUUCCCCCUUUGGUCCUAGAUGUUAAACCUGCACACAAAGUUCUCGAUAUGUGCGCGGCGCCAGGAUCAAAGACUGCGCAACUUAUAGAGAUGAUACAUGCCGACGAGGGAAACGUUCCUCCAGAGGGUUUCGUAAUAGCUAAUGACGUUGACAACAAUCGAUGCUACAUGUUGGUGCAUCAAGCUAAGAGACUGAACAGCCCAAACAUUCUUAUUACCAACCACGAUUCGUCGAUUAUGCCAAACUUUAUGAUUACGGGACCAGAUGGUACAAAGGAUGUAUUGAAAUUUGACAGGAUACUCGCGGAUGUUCCGUGUAGCGGUGACGGCACUAUGCGAAAGAAUCCAGAUAUCUGGUGCAAAUGGAGUCCUGCCAAUGGCAGCAAUCUUCAUGGGAUUCAGUACAGAAUAGCAAAGCGUGGCUUAGAAUUACUAGCGGUUGGAGGGAGGAUGGUGUACUCCACAUGUUCACUAAACCCCAUUGAAAAUGAAGCGGUGCUUCACAGGCUUCUUCGUGAGACUGGAGAUUCAGUACAAUUGGUUGAUUGUAGAGAUUUAGUGCCAGGAUUAGUAUGCGAUCCUGGUGUCACACAUUGGAAACCGGCAUCUAAAAAUUUACAAUAUUACGAUAGCUGGGAUGACGUUCCAGAACAAUGGCAGACACAAGUACGGCCGAAAAUGUUUCCUCCAGAAGCAAACGAAGCCUCCAAGUUUCAUCUUGAACGUUGCAUGAGAAUAUUGCCACAUCAUCAAGAUACUGGAGGUUUUUUCGUGGCAGUGUUGGAGAAGAUAAAAUCUUUACCAUGGGAAGCUGAAACUUGUGUAUUAAAUCAAAACGUACAGGAUGCAGCUGAUAAUGAAAACAAGGAUGAACACGGUCUUCAAGAAGAAGCUUCACAAGAUGCAAAGUUUUCAGAAAACGGAAAAAGAAUAUUAGAAGAAGAAAAGAAGUCACGGGAAUCGCAGAAAAAGCGAAGAAGGAUUGUCGGUUACAGAGAAGAUCCAUUUGUCUUCUUCAAAGACGAAACUGAAGACGUGUGGCAGUCUAUUAAAGAUUUUUACGGUAUAUCUGACGCUCUAAAUCCACGUUGUCUAUUAGUAAGAUGUCACGAAGGGAAAAAGAAAAAUAUUUAUUUCACGUCUCCGGCAAUCCGUGACAUAGUGAUAUCAAAUGAGAAUAAAGUGAAAUUUAUAAACACUGGCGUCAAAACAUUCGUGCGGUGCGACAAUAAAAAUAUGAAUUGCGCCUUCCGACUUGCUCAAGAAGGGAUGCAUAGUAUCAUUCGCUAUAUAAGUGAUGGCAGGAAGCUUCAGGUCUCGAAAGAAGAUUUGAUAAUGCUUUUACAAAGUGACGAUCCACACACGCCACCUGAAAUUGUAAAAUUAAAUUCAGACACUCAGGAACGGCUCAAGGAAUUUGCAACUGGAAGUUGUAUACUUUUAUACAAAGAAGAGAAGACUGACAAUCUAAAUCGCCUAAAUCUCCAGUUGGUAGGGUGGAGGGGAAUAAUGUCUCUUAGGGCAUACGUGCCUACUUGCGACGCAAUUCAUUAUUUACGGCUAUUAGGAGCGGAUUGCUCUAAAUUUGAGAUAAAUAAAUUCGAGGAAAAUCGCGCGGCAAUUGGUCUCGCUGCAGUAGCCGAGGACGACAACGGUGAUGUUAAAACUAAAAUUGAAAAUGAAAGUAAAACUGAAGAUUAAUGGAAAAGUUGCAACGAAGAACAAGGAUAGCAUACAAAGGAUUGAUGACCACAGAGAUAUCAAUUGAAACAUAAUGAAUUGACUUAUUCGUUACGAUAUAAAUAAGACUCUUAACUUUUUAAAUUUCCUACACAUAUAUAUAUAUAUAUAUAAUAUAUAUAUAUAUAUACCUGUAUCUUUUAUUUGAUGGAAAUUUUUCAAUCCGAUCUGAUAAUUAAGUAUUGAUAUUGACAAGUAAAUUAUACUAUAAACGAAAAGAAAAAAAAGAUUUUCUGGGAUAAAAAUAUCGACGAUGGAGCGAUAAAAUGGUUAUUUUUACUGCCCAUUUUCUAUGAAAUAACUACUUUAUGAAAUUACAUGCGUAAUCUAAUGGUUUUUGAGCGGUAAAGAGCUCUCCAUUUCCUAAUGCCUAUUGGACGCAUCUCGCCAUAAUGUAUAAUAUAGUACAAAUUUUCAUUAUAAAUAUGGCCGGAUGCAAGGAAUCAUUAAUCCUGAAAUGAUUGAUGUUUUUGUAACAUCUAAUAUCACUGCCUUUAAUAAUUGAUGCACUCCUGCAUUUCCUUGAAUAUUGUGCAACAACGAUAAAACGAAUGAGACCUGUUAAC